GCAUUAUAAUCAACUGAUAGCUGCGUAUUUGUUGAAAUUAAGUUCAUGUGAUUUGCCAGUGCCUUUAAAAUGAGGAUGAAGUCGAUUUUAUUACAAAUUACAUCGAUUGUAGCUUAUAUUGUUAUCGUGAGGUGUGAAGCGGCAUCAGAUGUUCAUGAAACCGAUUGCGUUGCUAUUCAUAAGUUUCUACGUCUAUGCGAGAAGCUACUUGUUAAUCUCCCUUUCCACACUUAUCCGGUAUUCAACCUAUGUACCAAUGAUAUAGCUAUUGAAACAUAUAACGAAGCAUUAUCGUAUUAUCGUAAUAUGACCGAAGAAAAAUUUUGUCAAAAGUAUCUUAGGCAUAAUCGCAUGAACGUCUACGAGACCAUAUACAACCAGCUGACGAAUCUGUGGACUUCGGCGAAUUGUGAGGCAUGUGUAAAUGCACCGAACCAGACGGCCCAAUUUAUGGCAUUAUCAGCUCAACUGGAGGUUUGUUUCAAAAACUCUCCCAAGCCCUGUGAGAGCUGCAACAACGAUUAUCAGCAAGUGCAGCAAUUCUACGAACAACUGGAAAAGGCACAGCAUGGUCCUGACCGGCUAUGCUUCGACAUUGCGGAUCGGAUGAACCAAUCUCGGCAAGCCUGGUCUGGGCAGUGCUGUAAGGAUAAACAACGAUCGAUGGUGGUUUUUGCAUCGAUAGCAUCGGUCGCAUGCGUCCUGCCUGUACUUUUCUAUGGUAUAAUGCACAUCAUGACGAUACGUCGGGAAGCACGGGGACUCAACUUGCUCAGUGCGUCGAGUGGUGAAGAGGCGACUGGCUCUACCCAAUCCCGCGACACUAACGGACUUCUUAUUAGUCAGCCUCAAAUAGAUCGCAUUGUGGAUACAGAUGACGAUGAUUCUUCCGGUAAUGAAAUCGAUCGUGUUGAUCACAUCUCACCUUCAGCUUCAAUGAAAGUAAAUAAUCUCAAUACGCGUGAAGGCAAUCUUAUUGAUAUUACAAGUGAGUCGGAGAAUCUGUCGCAAAAAACGAUGAACGAUGUAUGUAUGUUAGAUUAGAAUAUAUAAUUAAGAAAUUUAACAUUUUGCCAAGUAAUGUUAAUGAUUUUAUAUGGUACACAUUACGAUACAUUAGAUUAUCAAU